AUGUGCAGCAACGAAACGCCAACGAAUCCGACCCCAAGAUUCCCGUUCCCAUUGGAGGCGAACGCUCCCAGAGCUCUACUUCCCAUCGACCAGUAUCGUCUCCAACUGUACCAGUAUGCCGUCGCUGAACGUCUUAGAUACCCGCUGUUGAACCCGUUCCCGCCGCCGCUCACUUGUUACCCAUUGUUCCCGCGGGCGCUUCAACCGGAAGAACCGAAACCCCAGCACAGCUACAUCGGCUUGAUUGCCAUGGCCAUCCUAAGCUCCCCGGAAGGAAAACUGGUCCUGUCCGACAUUUAUCAGCACAUCCUCGACCAUUAUCCUUACUUCAGGACGCGAGGUCCGGGUUGGAGGAACUCGAUACGCCACAAUUUAUCCUUAAACGACUGUUUCAUCAAAGCAGGCCGCAGCGCUAACGGCAAGGGCCACUACUGGGCCAUCCACCCGGCCAACGUGGACGACUUCAGGAAAGGCGAUUUCCGAAGACGCAAAGCGCAGAGAAAAGUAAGAAAGCACAUGGGUUUAGCUGUGGAUGAAGACGGAGCAGAUUCCCCAAGUCCUCCACCUCUAUCGGUGAGUCCUCCAGUUGUACCGGGACCUUCGACGGCCGUUUAUCCGGUCCCCUCGUCCCGCGGACCGUCGCGUAAACGUCAGUUCGACGUUGCGUCGCUCCUGGCCCCGGAUUCCGGCGAAGACACCACCGAAGAGGACAUCGACGUCGUUUCCAGCGACCACCAAGAGCAAAACGCGCCGACCCAGUGGCCCAUGUUCCCGAUUGUUAACUAUUAUCAGGCUUUGUUGCAAGCGAGGCCGGGCCAAAUCAAAUCCGAAUCGACGACGGAAGCAACUGAUUCCUAA